GUGUUACAUUUUGUAGAAUCAUACACCUCAAACAAAUAUCAACUUUAAUUUGGCGGAACUUGAUUUGCAAUAACAUCUCUGGCCCCCGAGAGAAACAUGAAGUCCUUUUACUUAAUUUUGGUAGUACAAUCUCUGUUUGUAGUCUCAGCAUUUUCCCAAAGCUUUGAUUUCUUUUACUUUGUUCAACAGUGGCCUGGAUCAUACUGUGAUACGAAGAAGAGUUGCUGCUUUCCCAGUUCAGGCAAACCAGAUGCAGAUUUCGGAAUUCAUGGACUUUGGCCCAAUUAUAAGGAUGGUUCCUACCCUAGUAACUGUGAUCCUGACAGCCAUUUUGAUCAAUCUCAGAUAUCAGGAGUGUUGAGGAGAAUGCGAAGUGAAUGGCCAACAUUGGCAUGCCCAAGUAACGACGGAAUACAAUUUUGGGCUCAUGAAUGGGAAAAGCACGGGACUUGUUCUGCCCUUGACCAACAUGCUUACUUCCAGACUACUCUUGACCUCAAAAAUCAAGUCAAUCUUCUCCAGUCACUCACAAGUGCAGGAAUUGAGCCAAACGGUAAUACAUACUCCUUAGAAAGCAUAAAAGACGCCAUCAAGCAGGAUGUCGGAUACACACCUUUUGUGGAGUGCAACAAUGAUUCAUCUGGGAAUAGUCAACUUUACCAAAUUUAUCAUUGUGUUGAUAAUUCUGCGUCUAAACUUAUCGAGUGUCCUGUUUUUCCUCGUGGCAGAUGUGGUUCUCAAAUUGAAUUUCCUACAUUUUGAUUGAUUUGUAAUCAGCUGAAUGAUUUGGGGGCAUGAUUAUCUCAUGGAUUUGUAGCUCUCAUUUCAUGUUUGGUACAAAUGUUUGUUACAUGUCUAAUUAUUUUUCAAAUGAGCAUUCUUAAUUAAUUUCUCUCA